AUGGAAGCCCAAAACAAAGCUUCAAGUAGUCGAGCAUCAACCAAACCCGACAAGAGCAAAGAAUGGGAAGUAGAGAAAAUCCUCGCUGUCAAGAAAAAGUGGAAAAGUUUAUACGUCAGAGCAUCUUGGGUUGGCCACGACGAAGAUCCAGAAUGGUACCCUAUAUCCGACUUCAAGACCUCGCCACACUUGUUGAUGGAUUUCUAUCGUGAAAAUUCUAGCACUACUAGUCCCCCGGCACAAUUACCUGAAUGGAAAGAUGCUUAUGAGGCAGGAAGGGAGGAUUAUGAACACUUGGAUAGUAAUAAACCUAUGGAUCCACGUUCGAGAGCUAGGUAUUUUAAAGAAUUGUUGGAGGGUUUGAGGGAGUAUGAUGAAUCCAUUGUUUCUGUGAAAAAGAUCAUAUAA